AUGCCUUCCGUGAACCUGAAAGCCCAUUUGCUUUUUGUCCUUCUCAGUGGUGCUUCAGUACGAGCCGAGGAAACUGUUUGGUCAGCAUUUGCAUUCGUUCUAAAUGGCGAACGCACGCCUUCGAUCGGACCGUCGACUAGCGAUAGUAGUCUCACCCCGUUAGGCGCCCAGCAGAUGCUCACUCAGGGCUCAGUACUGAGAAGACGAUGGCUUGCCAAUCCCAGUACCACCGCCUCUAACACCAGCGGCGAGAGCACAACUGCACCGAUUGCUGGGAUUGAGAGGAUAGCCAUCGAUAACAGCGAAUUGUCGAUCUACAGUAGCAAAGACAGCUAUGCUACCGCGGGGGCCCUGGCAUUCAUGCAAGGGCUUUACCCACCAACGUCGCAAGCCUUUUCCGCUGGCAAUGGUGGUCAGGAGGCCGCUAUACUCGCUAAUGGGUCGUUAAUCGACUUCCCUCUGGACGGUUACAUGUACCCCAAUAUCCACACAGUAUCUAUAUCUGAUCCGGAAUCGGUUUGGCUCCAGGGACAUGUGUCAUGCACGGAAUACUACAAGGCUACGGGGAGCAUCCGAGGUGACCCUCGUAUCGAUGAACUAUACAAUGCGACACCACGGCACUAUCAAGAACUGUUGACCACGGUCUUCGAUGGAACUCUCCCCGUGUCAAUGGCCAGCUUCGCCUACGCCGACGACAUAUACGACUAUGCAUUGUACCAAUAUACGCAUAAUGAGACAAUACAACAAAGGCUUAACAUGAGCGACAUUACGUGGCUCGCGGAGAUGGCUAGUAUUCAGCAGUUUGCCAAGAACGGAGACCUUUCUAUCUCCGGCAAUACAGAGGGUGAUAGCAUCAGGGCAAUCGCGGGGCGCACUCUAUCUGCGAAAGUCGUGACCCAGUUUCAAAGUCAUAUAUCGUCUCGGGGGCAUGGUAACAAGCUCACGUUGAUGUUUGGGUCGUACCAGCCCAUGCUCGCCUUCUUUUCUCUUUCGGGCUUGUCACAUGGCCAGUCAUCCGGCUUAUUCCAGGAGAUACCCCUGGCUGGCGCCGCAAUGGUCUUCGAGCUGUUCUCGGAAACAGACGCCACAGAUUUCCCGGAUACUGAUGAUCUCUGGGUCCGAUUUCUCUACCGCAAUAGCACGGAUGAGGAUGCCCCACUGUACAAAUAUCCACUUUUUGGGAACGGGCUUUCCGAAGAUCGCAUCAAGUACAGGGACUUCACGACGAGCAUUCGCCAGUUCUCCAUAAACGAUAUGUCCACGUGGUGCGACACCUGCGAUGCAGUCGCUCUGUUUUGCAACGGGGUGAAUCGCAACUCAGCUAGUGGUACAACGACUACACAGCGUGGACGCAGGACUUCGAGCUUAUCGCCCGCAGUCGCCGGCGUCAUAGGCGCCGUUGCAGCCAUUGCGGCUAUUGUCCUUGGAGCUGUGCUACUUGCAUGGUUCGGUGGGUUCAGAUUCACGCGUCCGAAAACAGGCCAGCAAUCCAGCCUGGGGGGUUUCAAGGGCGCAGAGAAGAUGAAAUCAGAUAAUGAUGUCUCCAUCGCCAGGAAUGGUGCUAGACAUGAACGUGUCGGCAGCUGGGAACUCGGCGGCCCUGGCCGACCUCCAAUUUCGGAAGACACAUCCGCAGAUUUGAAGAACGAGCCCACCUUUGGAGCAUCGCUCACACGCGAUGCAGAAGAUGACACUGACAGUAUCAUCAUGUCGAGAGCACCAGUGAAGCCAUUUCAGAGUGUCUGA